AUGGCCGACGUAAAAAUGCUCAAUGAUUCAACUUCUAGUGUUACAGAACUAGACAUAGCGGCACCCAAAAGCAAACGCAGGCCGGCAAACAAAAGACAGAAAAUUGGUGACAAAGGCAAACGAAAGGCAAUAACGGAUUCCGAAGACUGUUCCACCCCAUUGUCAUUGUUUGAUGCUACCCGGAUGGAGAGCUUGCUCAAGAAUGCCGCGAUUACCGAGAAGAUAAAGCUUGAAGAAGCCAAAGUCCAAGAAAGGAUCCAAAUCUUGAAGACCCAGGAAGCCACAGCAAGGGCAGCGGAGGCAGCGGAGAUAACCAAGCGUCAGGCCAUCGAAGCACAAAAGACGAUCCAGUUGGCCCAGUUGGACCAGAAAAGGUUGCUUUUGGAACAGGCCACCAAUUCUGCUAUGGUGGGAGUUACAAUGUUUGAUAUGGCAUCAGUGUGA